CAGAAGGGCGUGACGCGGUUUUUUGGCCUCGGAACAGCAAAUUGUCGCCCUAUAUCCUCGGGUCAAUCCCCGAGCCCUCCAUAGAUAACAUUGUGCAACUUUGAAGAUACAGUACCUACUUUCACACUCGACACACAAUGAGAAGCUUUGGUUGGCUCUUGUCAGCCGUCUCCCUUUUGGGAGCCGACUUCGCGGUCGCUGAUCCCGCACAGUUCUGCCCUUCGGGAGCCGGAGGGCUCUGCUACAGCGUUGCCGUCCCCACUUCCUCAGCAGAUGCUGGAUCCGGAAACAUCUACUUCCAGAUUAAGGCCCCGACAUCGCUCCAAUGGGCGGCAUUGGGCACCGGCACAGGGAUGACGGACUCCAGCAUCUUCCUGAUGUACCAGGACGGGAAUGGCAACGUGACCUUGUCGCCCCGACUCGGUACGGGCCACUCUGAGCCCAAGCUGGACACGAGCAGCACCGCCGCCAAACUGACGCUCCUCGCCGGCAGCGGAGUCAGCGAUGAUGGUUCGACCAUGACGGCCAACGUGGCGUGCUCCAACUGCCAGUCCUGGACCGGUGGGGAGAUGUCGCUCCAGAGCACCAGCGCGGCGUGGAUCAGCGCCUGGAAGUCGGGCUCGUCGCUGGCUUCAACCGACAAGGCCGCCACCAUUUCGUACCACGACGACCGUGCCCUGUUCAACAUCGACCUGACCACGGCAACCGUCAGCUCCGACGCGAACCCAUUCGUCCAAGCUAGCAGUGACGGGAAUGGUGAUGGAUCCGGCUCCGGCUCUGGCGGCGGUGAUGGUGGUGACACCGGGGUUGGUGGUGGCGGCUCUAGCGGUGGCAUCACCCAGGCCGCGAUAAGGAAGCCGACAAUCCUGGUGGCGCAUGGCAUCAUCAUGGCGCUUGUCUUCGUCCUUUUUUACCCCCUCGGCUCCGUGAUCAUGCCGCUGGUUGGGAAGUGGUGGUUUCACGCCGCCUGGCAAGCCGUCGCCUUCUGUCUCAUGUGGGCGGGCUUUGCACUGGGCUUCGUUACGGGCGAGAGAUUUGGCAUGCUUUGGAACGAGCCGCAUCUCAUCUUCGGAACUGUCGUCGUCAGCCUGUUGGGCAUCCAGCCCAUCUUCGGCAUCUUGCACCAUCUACAUUAUGUCAAGGCGCACCACCGAGGUGUGAUCAGUUACGUGCACAUCUGGUGGGGCCGCAUCCUGAUGGCGCUGGGCGUGAUCAAUGGCGGGCUCGGCCUAAGGCUAGCGAGAGAGGAUAACGGCCCCAUCAUAGCGUAUGGCACGAUUGCUGGUGUCGUCUACUGCGGCUACUUGGCCUACAAGGUUUAUCGAUUUUUGGGCCAUGUAGGCCCUGCCGUUGAUAAGGAGGAGAACCGGGAGAUGAACGAGCAAACACACGCUUGAAGAGCGAAAGAAUAAUGAUAAGCGAAGUUCGCUACGGCGGGCUAUUUUGUUUUCUUACAAGUUUUUAGUUACACUAAUGGAGUAUUGUUAAAAGGAAAGCAAUU